ACACCACACACAGUUCAAUUCACGCACUACAAAAACACAGUUGACAGCAGAAACCAACAAUGUUGGCUUAUCCAAUCAGAGCAAUGGGUAUCGAGAAGGAACUUCUCAGAGCCGGCACCGGUCCGAAGCCGGUCUCCGGCCAGAAAGUCACCGUCCACUGCACCGGAUUCGGUAAAAAUGGCGACCUUUCCAAAAAGUUCUGGAGUACGAAGGAUCCAGGGCAGAAGCCUUUCACAUUCAAAAUCGGCCAAGGCGAUGUCAUCAGAGGCUGGGAUGACGGAGUAUUAGCAAUGCAAGUGGGAGAACUUGCUCGAUUGAAAUGUACUCCUGACUAUGCAUACGGUCCAAGCGGCUUUCCAGCAUGGGGUAUCGAGCCUAACUCUGAUCUUGUCUUUGAGAUUGAAGUUCUUAGUGCUAAGUAACCAUCUUAUUACUUCUAAUCUAUGUAGUUUGUUUUGACUGAUGUUUUAUUUUUUUUUUGCGCUUUUUGAGCUUGAGCUUGUGAAGAAUCGGAACAGCGAGUUUAAUCGAGUUACGUAUGUUUCGUUUUA